UCCCGGAUGUGUCACCUGUGUUUCCGGUGCGGCCUGGCCCUGGCCUCGGCCUCGGCUCCAGCCCCAGCCCCAGCCCCAGGAUGGAGGUCCUGAGCCGGCUGCGCCGGUUUGACGCCUACCCGAAAACUCUGGAGGAUUUCCGCGUGAAAACCUGCGGGGGGGCCCUGGUCACUGUGAUCAGCAGCCUGAUCAUGCUGCUCCUGUUUUUCUCUGAGCUUCAGUACUACCUCACAAAGGAGGUGCAUCCUGAACUCUACGUUGACACGUCACGAGGGGAAAAGCUAAAAAUCAACAUUGAUCUGUUUUUUCCACACAUGCCCUGUGCCUAUCUCAGUAUUGAUGCGAUGGAUGUGGCUGGGGAGCAGCAGCUCGAUGUGGAACACAACCUGUUCAAAAAAAGACUGGACCUGGUGGGCAAUAUAGUCACUUCCGAGGUGGAGAGACACGAGUUGGGGAAGCAGGAGGAGGCAUUCAAUACGACAAAGCUGGACCCAGGCCGGUGCGAGAGCUGUUAUGGGGCAGAGUCUGAAGACAUGAAGUGCUGUAACACGUGUGCCGAUGUGCGGGAGGCCUACAGACGGAAGGGCUGGGCAUUCAAGAAUGCAGACACAAUUGAGCAGUGCAUGAGGGAAGGAUUCACACAGAAGCUGCAGGAGCAGAAGAACGAGGGCUGCCAGGUCUAUGGAUUUCUGGAGGUCAAUAAGGUUGCUGGGAAUUUCCAUUUUGCUCCUGGGAAAAGCUUUCAGCAGUCACAUGUGCAUGUACAUGCUGUUGAGAUUCAUGACCUGCAAACGUUCGGACUGGACAAUAUAAACAUGACCCACUACAUCAAGCACCUCUCCUUUGGCAGUGAUUAUCCAGGAAUAAUCAAUCCUCUCGAUGGAAGCAACGUAACUGCAUACCAGGCUUCCAUGAUGUUCCAGUACUUUGUGAAGAUUGUCCCCACGAUUUAUGUGAAAUUGGAUGGUGAGGUAGUGAGGACCAACCAGUUCUCGGUGACACGACACGAGAAGGUGGCGAACGGGCUGGUGGGAGACCAGGGACUGCCGGGGGUCUUCGUGCUGUACGAGUUGUCGCCCAUGAUGGUGAAACUCACAGAGAAACACCGAUCAUUCACCCACUUCCUGACUGGGGUCUGUGCCAUUGUCGGAGGGGUUUUCACAGUGGCCAGUCUGAUUGAUUCGUUGAUCUAUCAUUCUGCCCGGGCCAUCCAGAGGAAGAUCGAGCUCGGUAAAGCCUCGUAGCCGGAGCUAAGAAGGGCCACUGGUGUGUGGGCUCAAGCAGGUGCCUGUGACUAUCUCCUUACAGAGUCCCGAUAAACUGGUUUUAACUGAGAGGAUUUGGACCCAACUCUUUACACUGGCUGAUAUUUCUGAUAUUUUUAUGCAACUGUAAUUUAUAAAAUGUGGUGAGCAGGUUUACUUGUGUUGGUGAUUUCCAUAUCUGGAGGAUAAAUUCUGAUAAUCCCUCUCUCCCAGCCCCUGACCCUCCUGUUUGCCACAGCUGCCCCUCACCUCGUUGUCACUGUCGAGGGUCACACUUGUGCCCAGUGCUGGCCUGGUGUCGAACCAUCAGGAUUGCUUCUCUCCCCCACCCACUCUGUGUCUGACCCGUGCUGACACUCCCCUGCCAAACCAGAGUAGAUGUUUCUCUGAUACUAGACUCUGAAACAGUGCAAAAACUUCAUAUCCUGCAGUUUCUUAAAUUACUUUGUUUUUUAAAAAGGAGCUGCUCAAACCCUAAAGUUGGAGUUUUUGCUCCAGGUGCCAUGAACUAUCACUGGGCACAGACUGGAGCUCAGGCCAGGCUGGGAUCAGUCCAGGGCCUCAGCAUUGGAGGUUUCCCAGGGUAAUGGAAAAUGAAUGGUGUGCACAGGUCCACAGAGGAGCAUCCCUCUGGGCCGGGCUUCCCGUUCCCCAGUUAUUCCUCGGGGGUUUUCCACUGACCUCUGUGGGAGAACGGAUGAGAAGGGGUGAAGUGAGCAAGUUGAGGGUAGGGCAAGAGAACGGGGUGGAGUAGAGGGUCCGUGCUGUGGUAACAGGGUUGUGGUGAAGGGAUCAGUUGCAGUCCCAGCACCCCAUCCCCUCACAAAAUUUGUUCUGUCUGUGAAACAAACCAAAAUAAAAAUCAGGUGUAUUUUUCAGUUUGCAACUUUGACUGACUUGAUACUGAAGGAGCACAAUCCCUGUGGAAGGAUUGGGAUCCCAACCCCACAGACUGGAGACAGCAACAGAUGGUUUGAGGUGAAUUUGCGGCAGGUUGAAGGAUACUGGAAUGGAGGGACAAGCGACUUUAAACCACUGCCGUGCCCAACAUCCGUGGGAGCCGAGGGGGAGAGGUCUCCCUGUGGGAACAGGCUGUGGUACGUUGCAGAGAGCUGACACUUCCAGGGAGCCCACGGCAACGUUCUGUAUGUCGUUAACUAAGUGCUGAGGGAGGGUUGGCACUGGAGGGGAGGGGGGAAUCCGGUGGUUACCUCUCCCUUGAUUGUGGGGCCCGAGGGAGGAACCAGG